AUUUAUGAUAACUGAGAGGAUAGAAUGUCGUCUGUUAUCCUGCGAAUCUCAUGUCGCAUCUGAGUCAAACCCCAUCGGAGGAAGUCACAUUGUUAGCCCGAGGUUACAAGCUGCUGAAAAAGCUUGGCGAAGGUUGUUACGCAAAAGUAUAUUUGGCUGAAUAUAAGCCAGACGAUGACUCGGAUCGAAAUAGCAUCCUGGCCUGCAAGGUCAUCGACACCGCGAACGCACCGAAGGACGUCGUCCGGAAGUUUCUGCCUCGCGAACUGGACAUUCUGGCAAAGCUAAAUCACCCGCACCUCGUGCAUAUACACAGCAUCUUUCAGAGACACACCAAGUACUUCAUAUUCAUGCGUUUCGCCGAGCACGGCGAUCUCCUCGAUUUUGUACUGAAGAACGGCGCGGUAUCAGAGAAGCAGGCCCGCGUGUGGUUCCGGCAGCUCGCUUUAGGCCUUCAGUAUCUACAUGAGAUGGAGAUAGCGCAUCGCGACAUCAAAUGCGAGAACGUCCUCGUGACAUCCAACUAUAAUGUGAAACUGGCAGACUUCGGCUUCGCCCGUUACGCGAUCGACAGUCGGGGUAAGCGUGUUCUAAGCGAUACGUAUUGCGGUUCGCUGUUAUACGUGGCACCGGAAAUCCUUCGCGCCUAUCCCUAUAAUCCCAAGAUAUCCGAUAUUUGGUCAUUGGGCGUGAUCCUGUACAUAUUACUGAACAAGGCCGUGCCGUUCGACGAGAAUAACAUAAAGCGUCUGUACGAGCUGCAGAUAGCGCGCAAAUGGAAAUUUCGCAGUAAAAUCAAGGACAAUGUAACUGAUCUUGUGAAGAAGCUCGUGAAUAAUAUGCUCGAGCCGGACGUGUCUAAACGCUGGCGUUUGGAUCAAAUCGUCCAGAGCGAUUGGAUCGCCGUGGAUCCGCGUCUCCUGGUGCUCACCUCCGCGGAACAGAUUGCGUUGAAUCACGCGAUCGAGGAACGAAAGAGAUAUGAGGAGAAGUUCGCGAGCAGAGAACCGGCACAAACGGAGAACUUUGUACGAUCGUUAUUUUUAAACGUUCUUCAUAGGUCCAAGCAUCUCUUAGUGUCGUUUUCAUCGUACGUCACGCUAAUGUUGCGUAGAACACUUUUAAUAAUCUACUUGACGUACACGCGCUUUUUAUCGCACAUUUAAUUGCAAGAUUAACCGAACUUUACAAUGUAUAAUUGACAUCAAACGUGUCGACUCGGUUAGGUUUCGCAAAUUAAAUCUAUAGAAUUAAAAAGAAUAUAGAUAUAAGUAAUGUCGCGCAAGAUUACGAGUAACCGAUUUUCAGAAGCAGCUGAAAAUCGAGAAAAGAAGGAUCGAUGACUACAAAUCGCAUACAACUGAGGACGUAACAAUCCUUAAAGACGCCGCAAAAGCGCAGGACGACGAUACCAUCGGUGCCCUUUUGCACGACUAUAAGUGUACCAGCACU